ACUCACAACGUGGACCCCCUCCCCAGUGUGCAGCUCUACGUCAUCUGCUGAUCGAAAACUGCUGGCUGGCUUUCAUCGAUCGAGGGAGAAGCUAAGCCUCCGUCUUCCAAGGGGCUCCAUACGAUCAAGAGGCGAACAUCUACAAACAAUUUCACUGAAAGCAAAUUUUCAGAAUCGAGUCGUGGCAGCUGGCCCCAGCAGCGGAGAAGAGCAUAUCUAUCGAUUGGAACUUUUUUUGUCGAGACAAUGUCGCAGCAAUCCAGCUCUUCCACCUCGGGGGCUAAUUGUAAAGGAGUCCCGGGCAAGAGGAUCACAGUUCUGAGCAUCGAUGGAGGUGGUGUGCGUGGAGUCAUUCCAGCAGUGUGCCUCGAGUAUUUGGAAAAGCAACUUCAGGAACUUGAUGGACCUGGUGCAAGGAUUGCAGAUUACUUUGAUGUCGUUGCAGGAACUAGUACCGGAGGUCUUAUAGCGGCUAUGCUGACAGCCCCAGAUGCGAAAAGACGUCCGCUGAUGACGGCGACGCAAGUGAAGCAAUUUUAUCUUGAGAAGGCAGCAAAGAUAUUCUCCUCACCGAGAGGAUGGAACCUCGGUCAAUUGGUCGAUUCUAUCUCUCGUCAUGAACCAAAGUACAAAGAAGACAACUUGAAGGAAAUUCUGGUGACCGAAUUCAAGGAUUUGAAAGUAGCAGAUGCAGUGACCGAUGUUCUCCUCACAACGUUUGACGGGAAAACUCAACAACCUGUAUUCUUCGACAGACAAGUGGCACAACGAAUUCCUAAAUUCAACGCAAAACUGCAAGACGCGUGCUUGGCAACAUCAGCAGCGCCUACAUUCUUUCCUGCCCAUAAUUUCAAGGUGCCUUACGAGGCUGGAGCCGCGGACAGUGCUGAGUACCACCUGGUGGACGGAGGAGUCACUGCAAACAACCCUACGGAAGUUGCCAUUUUGCACGCAAUAAAGGACCUCAGUCUGGGCCAAUCGCCUCACAAAUCCCGGAUGCCCAACUUCAAGGGCUACCAAGAUCUGCUGGUCUUGUCUCUGGGCACGGGCGCCAGGACAGUCAGCUACACAGCCAGUGAAAUGAACAAGUGGUCACAGGUGGACUGGGUCACCAAACCUGGGCAACCCGUCCUGCAAAUGCUUCAGAACAGCAGUGCCUACCUUGUUGACUACGACGUCGCCAUACGUUUCCAGAUCGAAGGAGUAAAGGAGAAUUACUUGAGACUGGAGACUGGUGAAAUCGAUGAGACAACAGCGGCUCUCGAUAAUGCGACGCCUGCGAACAUGAACAAGCUUGUCAAUCUGGCUAACAGCUUACUCGGGAAAAAGCCCAAGUACCGGGGCGCCCUCUCCGGACUCCUGGAGGAAGUACCUGGAUUUGAAUCCAAUAAGAAAGCGCUGGAAAGCUUCGCGAAAUGGUUGGUGGAGGAGAAAAGGGCCCGAGCCUAAUCCAUCCCAUGGGCAUGCAGAUGUUUCUGUAUUGCUGUAGAUUAUUUGCCAUUACUGUGAUGUAUCAAAUGCUCACCUUCAACGUCAGAACCCCAGUGGGCGAUGCCUCGCUUGCCAUGGUGUGCUAGCAGGAUGGUCGGCCUAGGAGAUCAGAAACACACAAAACGUAGAGAUUCUCUCGACUGCACAGGACGACAUUCCGUUUUUAUCUCGAUGGGACACAGCGCACGUAGAAUGUUCGAAAAUUCGUCGGUGCCCUCUGCGCACGAACAGGCGCCUGGACCUGUCUCGUGUACUGUUCUUUCCAUCAUUCGCGAGGCGACGAUGACUGUAAAAUUGUAGAUUAGUGAUCUGAGGCGUUUGGCUACGUGCUCUCCAUUAUUCUGAUUUUCACGACUGUAAUAUGUGCUUCGCACGAUAAACAUUCUUGAAGUUUGUCCUUACCUUCACGUAC